CUAUUUUCAAUCACGUUAAUUAGACGUGUACCUGCGCGGGUUGGAGUCUGACUAACUUCUGAAGCUAGCUGGCCCACAGCCCACUUUACUUACAAACAGAACGACGGCGGCUGUAGGGAUGAACUCACUGACUAUGGAGCUAGCAGACGUUUUUGCGGAGGACUCUGAAAAUGAUGUGACUUUUUACGGCUUUUCUGAUGGUGAAAUCAAGAAUAAGAAUUCGAAUGUUGAAAGUGAAGAUGAAACCCAGCCUGACAUUUCCCCCAAGGAGCUGAAAGCCACAUCUAAACCAUCUGCUGCCACUCAACCCUUCAGGCUGAGGGUGCUUCUUCGUUCAGCUCCCUCGACUCAGCACUUCACUGACGACGAGGAAGCAGAGGAGGUUAAGAAGAGGACAAGAAACCGAGGGAUAAAGAGGCCAAGAGAGACCAGGAGGAUAAAGCAGGAGAAACACGUGAAAUUUAAGGAUGAAGAGACAGCAGUGGCUCAGCCGCCUCCAUCUCUGGAUUGUGGGUCUGAUUCAGCAGAAGAUGUGUUGGAUACUUUCCUGGCCAAGAGAGAGCAGAACAUCAAGGCCAACAAAGCAAUGCUGGCUCAGCUGAUGGCAGACCUGCAGAAAAUGCCAGGAGGUGCAGGGAUUCUUAAAAAACAAGCAGGCAAACAGAAGGCAAAAGAAAGAAGCUCCCGUCCACCGCGCUCUGAUGCGACUGAAGGGGAAUCCAGGAGGAAUCCAGAGAGGGCGACCCGCAGACGGACACGAUCCAUGGCAGCAAGUGAGGAUCCUUCUGCUCAACAGGAGGCUGAAGGGGAGCUCAGCUUGGAGGAGGAGCUGCUGGAGGUACGCAGAGCUCCACGGCAUCGUGGCACCCCACGACCCAAUCAGAGCAAACCUCAUGUUGUUCGCCCAGUGGAAGACAUCACAGAAGAUGAGCUCCAACUGGUCGCAGACAAUAUGACUGACAAAACAUAUAACAGUGUCACAGGCUCCACGUGUCAUCAGUGUCGUCAGAAAACUGUUGACACAAAGACGUGCUGUCGCAGCGAGGACUGUCGUGGCAUCCAGGGUCAGUUCUGUGGGCCGUGCUUGAGGAACCGAUACGGAGAGGAUGUAAGGAAAGCACUGCUUGAUCCGGUGUGGAAGUGCCCUCCCUGUCGAAGCAUUUGCAACUGCAGCUUCUGCCGUCAGCGUGAGGGCCGCUGUCCCACUGGGAUCCUCUUCCCUCUGGCUCAAUUCCAUGGCUUCUCUGACGUCCACUCAUACCUCAGCAGCCUUCGUAACAAACUGAAGAGUGAAGAGGCCGAUGUAGAGAUGUAACGUCAGCACUAGGAGGAGUAACUGUUCAAUCUGUUUUAUUUUCUCUGUAUUAAAGUUUUGACUCUUUGUAGGUUAAUAAAACUUACACAACCUGAGAUUUUA